AUGAAGUUGAACGUCACAAAUGUCCUCUUCUAUGCGCUUUUGGGUGCUGUUACGGCUCAAAUCCCUGAUCGCGAUCCAGUGAGCGUGGGUCCGCCACUCGAGUUGAUGCACCUCUAUUUUGACGAAUGGCCGACAGGGGUAGCUGUCUCUGCCUCUGGACGCAUGUUUUCCUGCUAUUCUUUAGGGCUUGACUACACCAAUACGAGAUACCAGGUCGCUGAGCUUGGCUCGAACAACACCGAGAUCCCUUUUCCCAGCGCACAGGUCAAUUCUCCCCCAGGAGGAGCAGUCAACUAUUCAACAAAUCCGCCCACUACAAAAGGUCUUUCGGACUAUCUGAUGUCUGUCCAAAGUGUGGUUGUCGACCCUAAAGAUCGUUUGUGGAUAUUGGACACUGGCCGAGCCCUCCUCAGCAACGGCACACUGACCACCUCUAACUUUGGCGGUCCUAAACUGGUGGGCGUCGACUUGACCAAAAACAGCGUUUUCCAGAUCAUUCUUUUCCCGCCGACGGUGGCCUAUCCCGACUCCUACCCGAACGACGUUCGAUUUGACUUGCGUUCUUCUCUUACGACCUCGGGCCAAGGUAUCGCCUACAUUACGGAUUCUUCUAGCGAAGGGCGGAAUGGAAUCAUCGUGGUGGAUCUAGGGACUGGCGAAUCAUGGCGUCAUCUGGAAAACAUUCCGCAGGUCCGUCCUGAGUUAGGCUUCUACGUCAACGUUUGGGGCGACUCUGUAUAUGUGAACGCAGGUAGCGGGACGUCUAUUUCCAGGGUUGCGUUUGGUGCAGACGGAAUCACUCUUUCCAACGACGGGGAUGUCUUGUAUUUUUCAGUGGUUGCGGGGCGUCAUUUGUAUGGUGUGCCUACUUCUCGGCUACGAGACAGGAGUGCAUCGUCUGAACUUUUUGCCACAGCAUCGGUAAUGGACCUCGGCCAAAAGGGUGUGAGUGAUGGGCUGGAGAGUGAUUCAAACGGUAUAGUCUACGCUGGAAGUGUUGAAACUGAUUCUAUCGUCACUUCCAACCAUCAAAAUGGGACAGUACAGACAUAUGUGAAAGAUCCGCGGAUCGGCUGGACGGACACCUUUUCUGUGGCCGGGAACUAUUUGUACUUUACGGAGAAUCAGCUUUGGAGAGGGGCAUCGUACCAAGGUGGCAUCGACAUGCGGGUCAAACCUUAUGCUUUGUACCGAGUGCCUCUGUUGAACAAUGCGACCAAGAUACAACUUGUAUAG